AUUCCUUCUUUGUUUCUUUCAAAUGGCAUCUACCAAAGUUAAGAUUCCCACCAUAGAUUUUUCUAAUCUAGAACUAAAACCAAACACUCCACUAUGGAAAUCCACAAAAUUUCAAGUUUUUGAAGCUUUAAAAGAAUAUGGUUGUUUUGAAGCAAUAUAUGAUAAAAUUCCAAAUGAAAUUAGAGAGGGUAUUUUUGGUAUUUCAAAAGAAAUAUUUGAAUUUCCUUUAGAGACCAAAGUGAAAAAUUAUUCAGAUAUAACAUUACAUGGCUAUGUAGGAAUGAUUCCACACUUGCCAUUUUAUGAGAGUUUGUGUAUUCCUGAUUUGCUUAAUCCUCAAAAUGUUGAAACUUUUGCUAAUAUCUUUUGGCCUCAUGGUAAUCCUGAUUUCUGCAAUUUGGUAAAAGCUUACUCAAAUCCACUUAUGGAAUUGGAUGAAAUGUUGAAAAAGAUGAUUUUGGAGAAUUUGGGAUUAGAAAAUCAUAUUGAUGAAUUGUUGGAUAUUAAUUAUAUGAGAUUUAGAUUUACACAUUACAAGGGAUCAUCAAUUAUUAGUGGAGAUCAUGAAAAUAAUAUUAAACAUGAUGGAUUGAAUGGCCACACAGAUGGUAACUUCUUGACUUUUAUAUCACAAAAUCAAGUCAAUGGUUUGCAAAUCAACAAAAAUGGAGAGUGGAUUGAUGUCAAUAUUUCACCAAAUUCUUAUGUUGUUUUGUCUGGUGAUUCAUUCAAAGCAUGGACAAAUGGUCGAUUGCAUUCUCCCAUCCACAAGGUAAAAAUAUUUGGAGAAAGUGAUAGAUUCUCAAUUCAAUUAUUUUCAUUCUCAAAACCAGGUCACUUUGUAAAGGCCCCAAAAGAACUUGUGGAUGAAGAACACCCUUUACUCUUCAAGCCAUUUGAAAUGGUUGGAUUAUCUGAGUAUGUUACUUCCCAAGCUGGCUAUGCAGCUCCCAGUGAUGCUUUCAAGGCUUAUUGUGGUCUUUGAUAUGGUAAACGUGAAUUUCUAAUGAACGUUUUUGUCAGACUAGUACUAUUAGUAUAUAUGGGAUUUCUGACAGAAUAUUCAUCAAAAAUGUCUUCAUCAUUUCCAAUGGAUUUCAUUUGGAAUUCGUGUUUUUAUAAUAGAGUGUAUCUUUAGCUUUAGAGUUCUUUGUUUUAUAUAUGCUAGAAUAAAAAAACGUGAAUUUUUUAUGAACGUUCUUGUUAGAAUACCGUAAGUAUAUAUGGGAUUUCUAACAGAAUGUUUGUCGAAAUUCGUGUCUCUUUAGUAGUGUGUAUCUUAUGUUUGAAUUGUUGUAAUAGUGAGUAAUUUCGAUGGGAAUUCAUGCUUUGUUUGUGUUUUUUGUGCAAAUAAUAAAUUUUGAAGAGAUAA